AGUUCUUAAAGUUUCCGGUUAGGGCAGUCGGGUGCAGUUGUCAGAGUGUAUCUGGGUUUAAAGUUGUUAUUAUUGGAUGAUGAUGUCGUCCACAGAGCCGGACAUCGACCUGCAGAAGGUGUGUGCUGCAGCAGAGAUGUUGGGUCGGGAGUCGUCUCCAGAGUCGAAGUGUCCCAUCUGUCUGGACAGCUUCACGAACAUGUCGUACACGGACAGGUGUUUCCAUCGCUUCUGUUUCUGCUGCAUCCUGGAGUGGGGGAAGAACAAAGCCGAGUGUCCGCUGUGUAAGCAGCCUUUCAGCGCCGUGUACCACUCAGUCCGGUCUGAGAACGACUUCAAGUUGUACAAGUUGCGUCCGUCUGAGAAGGGCUCGUUCGGCACCGUGCAGGGGCGGCGUUUCCGCUACAGGACUACACGAGUCCACGAGAGCAGCACAGUAACACGGAUACAAUUGAGCGCUCACCAACAGGAAGUAAUGUCUUUCCGGCGCAGGUUGUACCAACAUGGUGUGUGGGUGCGAGGUGUUCGAGACGGCGGUCGUUUCCGUGACACGUCUGCCGAAUUUUUCCGGUCAAAUCCAGCGUGUAUUCACCGACUGUUGCCGUGGCUGUAUCGGGAGAUGGAGGUGCUCUUCGGAUCACGUCAGUCACACGGUGCUGUUGUUGCUGGUGUAAUAUCAUCUCUGAUCACGCGUUAUGAUAUGGGAUCUGAAGCCUUCCUGUGGAAACUCCACCCUUUCCUGUCAUCACGAACCAGGCACUUCCUGCACGAAUUCCAGAGUUUUGCAAAGUCACCGUUCAACAUGGACGCGGCAAAGUCACCGUUCAACAUGGACGCGUACGAUCACCAUGCUGUUUACAACUGCCCCGCCCCCUCUCAAUUCUCUCACGUUUCAGACAAUUUUCCAGGCCUUAGCUCCACCCCUUCAUCCUUCGAUGAUGAAAUUCCAGGUCCAAGCUAUUCCACUGCCAGUAACAGUGUGUUCACUGUCACCAUUAGUGAGUCAGACCGAGACAGCGCAAGUGAAGAAGAGAAGACUGUAAGAGUUAAAGCUUCUGCUAGCGCUAACAUUAAUGUCCGUAAUGCGCGAGUAGAUGAGGACAAUCAAAGCAGCGAUGGAGACUGCGUCAUCACAGGGUUCAUCAAACCCACUGCCCAAAGGACUCCCGAGCUCAUCCUUCUGUCUUCUGAUUCUGAAGCAUCAGUCCAGGAGGAACCAGAACCAUCUACCUCCAGCCAAUCAGACACCAGACAGCUGACCAAUCAGAGAAGCUGGAAUACAGACCACAUACUCUCUCACUCUUCUACAAAACACAACUCAAAGAGGAGAGACAGGGAGAGGUACAGGGACAGAGAGAGAGACUAUUCCUCACACAGCCACAGGCGGUGCUCUCGCUCACUCAGCUAUAAGGACAGAAGAAAAAGCAAAGCAACCAAUGACACCUCUCUGUCCCACACAUACGCGCGUACAUGCGACAGACGACACACACCACAGCGAUCACGUACACGCUCACGAUCUAGAACUCAUUCACACACGAGCUCCAGAACUCAUUCAUUCUCUAGGUCUAGAACCCAUGCACGCUCAGGGUCUCGGACUCGUGUUGCCUACAGGGGACACUCUGAGCGCCUCUCUGUAAGCCCCUCCCCUUUGUCACACAGGAAGUCAAGCCGUGACAAACCCCAUGGAAAGCGGAAGCAUAAAUCCCAGCAUGAGGAGAGAAGGAGGAGUAAAGAGAAUCAUCGUCAUCAUCCGAAGAAGAAGAGAAGGCGGAGCUCUAGCAUGGAGGUUGGUGAUGAACGCAGGAAGCAUCACAGGAAGAAGAAAAAACACAAGAGAGACAGAAAGAAUAGGAGUAAGAGGAUGGGGCGGAGCUCAGGGGCGAGCUCACCCGUUGUCAUCACCAUCCACACUGACACAGAGUCUGCUGACAAGGCCACGCCCCCAAGAGAUGCUGCAACAACAAACAGCGAGCCUGUGAACCCCUCACACGGCACCAACACCCUGUCCGACCUGAGCAAACUCCACAGCUCCUAACUACAGCUUCAGACCCUGCGUCUGAUAAAGCUCUCGUCCCACCCCCACUCGAACCUCACGCUUCCAGACAAAUCGCAGCAAACCAGCUGAGCCUCAGCCAACGAGUCGCUCGCCACGGUUCUGCUCCUCCACAGGGCCGUGAAGCUGCUGUCCUCCACUUCAUAUUCUUGUGUCCAACAGAUUUGAUGUGUAAAGUUGUAUAAAUUGUGUCUGAAAAAUCCAGAUUAAAGUGUAUAAAUCAUUUUUAUGAUAUGCUUCAUUAGGAUGAUGUAAUUGACAUCAUGUCUACUGUGUUUCUAUGGAGACCGGGGAACUCCUACCACCCUGAGGCUUCGACCAUGAUGGUGCUGCUGGAAGGAAGCGCUUAUUUAAUAUGAAAGACAAUCUGAAAUUCAGAGUUUAUUUAAUUUUGAUGUUGGUGUGAUUGCGCAAUGUGACCACAUGAGGGCGUCAUGCAGCGGUGCACUUUAUUACAAAGAUCAAGUCCAUACAUUUAAAGCAUGUCCUGUAUGAUUAAAUUUAACACCAAAUAUCAUGUAUCCUUUCAGAGGAAGUGACAUAAAUCACUUCCUGUCACACUGAUUUUGUCACAGCUGUUCAUAUAGUUUAUAAUUUUCUUCACUGGAGCAUGACGAAGGUUCUGUUGUGGUUUAUGAAAAAUGUCUGAGUGCAAAUUCAGAAUGUGAUUUUUAUACCUGAGUGGUGAUGAUAAAUCAGUCAGUCACACCACAGGAGGUAAACAGUUGUAAAAAUGUUUCAUGGACAUUCACCUGCUCACCACACCAUGGUCAGAAAACCAGUUUAUACCAGCUUUAAAAACGACACACAUGGGGAGAGUGGGGGAACUCGGGACGCAUUCUUAGUUUGUGUAGAUUGUGUGAAAUUCUUUGCAGGUCACGUCACACUGAUAUUGAUGAGAGUAUUUACUACACCCUCUUUGCACAACAUGAGUGUCUCAGCUUGUCAUAUAUACUGGCCUUCAGGACUCACUUUUACUCUCAUUAUGUUUUGAGGGGAGACUUGGGACAAAAAAUACCUAGCUUAAUCCUACAUGUUUAAUUUUUAUUCAUUAAAACUUGUCCCAUAUGAACUGUAUGGACACACGGCGCUGAUACAACGAUAGAAAAAUGUCAGUUUACUUAAAAUCUAACUCAAAACAGUUCCACCCUCAAGAAGGAAUGAAAUAAGUUUAAGCCUCAGGCAGGGACACACCCACAUUUUUAACAAACAUUUUAAACAAUUUUAUAUUUGUAAACUUAAAAAAAAGAAUCCCAAAAUACCACCCUAUAACAUGAUGAACUGUCCCAACUCUCCCCAUCUGGACAUUUUGAAAAAAAUAUCCUUAAAUGUUUUUCUCCAGAAUUUAAGCAUAAUAAAUGAUACGAUAUAUACUAA